AUGCUCAACGUCAUCACCGCCCCAGGCGUGCUGGCCUUCCUGGGCGACGAGCCCCCGGAGCUCAAGGUCUUUGCCCUCAAGACGCUGAACGACGACAUCGACACCAUCUGGACCGAGGUCGCCGCGGUGCUGAGCCAGAUCGAAGCCCUCUACGAAGAUGAGUCCUUCCCCGAGCGCCAGCUGGCCGCCCUCGUGCUGGCCAAGGUCUACUUCCACCUGCAGGCCUACAACGAGAGCAUGACGUUUGCCCUAGCCGCCGGCCCGCUCUUCAACCUCGACGCCCCGGGCGAGUUCGAGGAGACCAUCAUCGCCAAGUGCAUCGACCAGUACAUCGCCGUGUCGUCGGCCCGGCACACCCCGCCGAAGCAGAUCCAGACUGACAUCCAGCUGCCCGCCAUCACGACGACCUUUGGCAGCGUCAUCCCCGAGAACUCGGCCCUUAUCUCGCCCACGACGCCCUUCUCGCAGUCGACCCUGCCGUCCAAGUCCCUGCUGUCGCGGACGUCUGACGAGACCGCGCCCGAGUCGGUCGCCCAGUUCAGCGAUCCAGCCGCGUGGAACGCCCUCGAGGCCGUGGUCGAGCGCCUGUUCGAACGCGCCCUCAACGAGGGCAAGUACCGCCAGGUCGUGGGCAUCGCCAUCGAGGCCAAGAACCUAGACGUGCUACGCCGUGUCAUCAAGCGCGCCAGCGCCGAUGCCGGUCGCGAGGGGGCGCCGAACCCGGCCGAGGAGCUCAUGGAGUACUGCCUGCAUGUCUGCAUGGAUAUCGUCCAGGAGCGCGGCCUGCGGACUGAGAUCUUGCGGCUGAUCCUCGACCUGCUCAACGAGAUCCAGAACCCCGACUACUUUGCGAUCGCCAAGUGCGUCGUGUAUCUCGACUCGGACGAGGAGGCUUCGGCCCUGCUCAAGCAGUUGGUGGCCAAGGGCACGCAGAACGCUACUGCCAUUGCCUACCAGAUCGCCUUCGAUUUGUACGACAAUGGCACGCAAGAGUUCCUCAACAAGGUCAUCAAGUCGCUGCCGUCCGGCGAGCCGCCCAAGAAGCCCGAGGGCGAGUCUGAGAGCGCGCCCCUGCUGGAAAACCAGGACGGCUCGGAGGAGAAGGAGGAGAAGGAGGAGAAGGAGGAGGAGGCCAAGGUCUACCGCAACAUCCGGUCGAUCCUGGACGGCACCACGACGAUCCGGCUCAACCUCGAGUUCCUCUACCGCAACAACCACACCGACCUCAACAUCCUCAACAAGGUUCGCGACAGCUUGGAGGCUCGCAAUUCCAUCUUCCACACGGCGGUCACCUUCUGCAACGCCUUCAUGAAUUCGGGCACCACGAACGAUAAGUUCUUCCGCGACAACCUCGACUGGCUGGGCAAGGCCGUCAACUGGUCCAAGUUCACGGCCACGGCUGCUCUCGGCGUCAUUCACCGCGGCAACCUCAGCCAGUCGCGGAAGCUCUUGGAGCCCUACCUGCCUAAGCAGGGCGGUGUUAGCAACGGGUCUAUCUUUAGCCAGGGUGGCGCUCUCUAUGCCUACGGCCUGAUUCACGCCAACCACGGCGCCGACGCGCUCGAGUACCUGCGCAGUCAGUUCGUGGCCGCCGACGAGGAGGUCAUCCAGCACGGCGGCGCGCUGGGUCUCGGCAUCGCCGGCAUGGCGACGGGCGACGAGCAGAUCUACGAGGAGCUCCUCAAGGUGUUGUACGCCGACUCGGCCCUGAACGGCGAGGCGGUCGGCCUGGCUAUCGGUCUCAUCAUGCUGGGUACCGGCAGCGCGAAGGCGCUCGAGGCUAUGUUCACCUACGCGCACGAGACGACCCACGAGAAGAUCAUCCGCGGCUGCGCGCUCGGCAUGGCCCUGAUCAUGUACGGCCGGCAAGAAGGCGCCGACACGCUGAUCGAAGGCCUGCUCAACGACCCCGACCCGAUGCUGCGCUACGGCGGUAUCUUGACGAUCGCCAUGGCCUACUGCGGCACCGGCAGCAACAAGGCCAUCCGCAAGCUGCUGCACAUGGCCGUCAGCGACGUCAACGACGACGUGCGCCGCAUCGCCGUCAUGUCGCUCGGCUUCAUCCUCUUCCGCAAGCCCGGCAGCGUCCCGCGCAUGGUCGAGCUGCUGGCCGAGUCGUACAAUCCGCACGUGCGCUACGGCUCGGCCAUGGCGCUGGGUAUCGCCUGCGCCGGCACUGGCCUCGACGAGGCGAUUGACCUGCUCGAGCCCAUGAUCAAGGACCCCAGCGACUUCGUGCGCCAGGGCGCGCUGAUCGCCCACGCCAUGAUCAUGGUCCAGCAGAACGAGGUCAUGAACCCCAAGGUCGGCACCAUCCGCAAGACCCUGCGAAAGGUGGUUAGCGACCGCCACGAAGACGCCAUGACCAAGUUCGGCGCGUCGCUUGCCCUGGGUAUCUUGGAUGCCGGCGGUCGCAACUGCACCAUCGGCCUCCAGACGCAGACGGGCAACCUCAACAUGCUGGGCAUCGUCGGCAUGGCCGUGUUUACGCACUACUGGUACUGGUUCCCCUUCACGCACUUCUUGUCGCUGAGCUUCGUGCCGACCAGCAUCAUCGCGCUCGACCAUGAUCUGGAGAUGCCUACUAUCAAGUUCUAUUGUGCGGCGAGGGCAAGUCUGUUUGAUUACCCGCCCGAAGACCAGGUCAAGGCCGAGGAGGGCCCUACGCUGGUGACGACGGCGAUCUUGUCGACUACCGCGCAAGCCAAGCGUCGCGCGCAGAAGAAGGAGAAGGCGGCUAGGAGGGAGAGCAUGGAUAUUGAUCAGCCUGCCGCGAAGACACCUUCCCAGACGACGGCGCCUGCCGGUGGAGACAAGAUGGAGGUUGAUGAUGAUGAGGAAGGUAAGAAAAAGGAAGAGGAGAAAGAGAAGAAGGAGAAGGAGAAGGAGAAGGAGAAGGAGAAGGAGAAGGAGAAGGAGAAGGAGAAGGAGAAGGAGAAGGAGAAGGAGAAGGAGAAGGAGAAGGAGAAGGAGAAGGAGGAGGAGGAGGAGCAGCAGCAGCAACAGCAGCAGAAGGAAGAGGCAAAGAAGAAGGCCGAGAAGGAGAAGGUCGGGUUCGAGAUUGAGAAUAUGAGCCGCGUGUUGCCCGGCCAGCUCAAGUAUAUCUCAUUCCCGGCGGGGAGGUAUAAGCCGGUGAAGAAGCCAACCGGUGGCCCUCUCCUCCUGCAUGACUCUACCCCGUCGGAACCCAAGUCUCUCAUCGAAGAAAAACUCAAGAAGGUCACCACUGAGCGGGCGCCUGUCGCGGGUCAGACCACCGGCUCCGCAGCCUCAGCACGUGCCGCUGCCACGCAGCAGCUCCUGUCUAACCUGUCCCAGCGCGGCGCUGCGGGUACGAUUCCAGGGCUUAAUGAGCUGUUUGGGAUUACCACGCCGCAGCGUGGGGAGGGUAGAUCGGGUAGGGCUGCAGGAAGAGGUGAAGGGGAGAGUGGUAGCGGGGCCGCCGCCGCGGCUGGCGUGUUGACGGCGGUGGAUGAGGAUCAGGAGGGGGAUAUGGAGGCGGAAGUGCCGCGGGAGUUUGAUCGGGAUGAUGUCAUCGAUUGGAGCUUGGUCCCCGCCAACACUGCUACUAGGCCAGUCCAGGCCUUGGUUCGGGCUCCGAACGCUGCUAGGUGGCCAUCAGAAAGCGAGACUCCCGAUAUGGCUGACCCGUCCAAAUACUUGCUCCGCGUCUCCUGCGGCCCCUCCUACACGCCCUCAACCCACACUCUCAUCAACGUCAACUCCCCUCGUCCAAGUUCGGGGUAUUUUGAGCUCGAGGAGCAUCGGAGUAGGGGGGAUAGGUAUAGUAUUGGUCUAAGGUUUCGCUUACUAGACCCAGACAAGGCAGAAAACUCAAGACGAGAGUGUGAUGGGAAACACAUGAACGGAGCCGGGGACGAAACUGGGAAUGAAAAUGGGAAUCAUGACCCCGAGGAUAUCAAACGGGCAGAGGGCACACCUGAACAAUGCGAAGGAUGGAGGGUGCCUGACUUCAAGGGCAAAGGCAAAGAGAUAUGCGUGUCGGAGACGCCCUCCCCACGAACGAUAACGCCACAACACCCGACCUCGCAACACCAUCCCUCUUCCUCCUCCUCCUCCUCCUCCCAAACCCCAGCCGUCACUUCAACUUCCAAAGAACCUCGUGGAAUACCAGCAAAAAGCCUCCUCUUCGGGAAUUCCCUCCCACACCCCAUCCGCGACCGGCUCCCGCCCGGCUUCGGCAUGGCCCUGUCCCUGCUCACACGCUGGAUCGACCCCGGCCUUGAAGGGGACGUCUACUCUGAUACUCCACACUUGUUUGGGCCUGUGCUAAGCAGUUUUAAUACGGUAUACGUGGGUCGUGGAGCCGUCGAUCUGGGGGCCCAGGGAGAGGAGCUCAGGGCACACGGAGACGAGGUGAGGGGGGUUGGUGUGAAGGGAGGUCAGGAUGUCGAGAGAGAGGAGGGAGAAGAUGAGGCCAUGCGCAAGAUGAAGCGUCUGGACAUCAACCAUGAAAACGGCAACCAUCAUAACCCUGACACGGAAGACGGCGUGGGCUUGGCAAUUCAAGAGGGAGGAGACGAAGAAGGCCUGGCCUGGAGGAGAAUCAUAGGGUGUCCUGACACAGCGUCGGGGAGGAUCAACUGGACGCUGAAGGAUGAUGGAAAGGAAAAGUGGGUAUGGGAGUUUGGAAGAUGGUACUCAAUUGACUUUUUCAACCCUUACAUUGACUUUGGUGAGUUGGCGGUGCGGUUGCCGGGGAUCAGGAUUCCGGUGUUUCGGUAUUGGGAUGGGCAGGGGUUGAGGUACGUCCUCCUCAACCGCUCGACGCAAAACCCCUACCUAGUCAUCCUCUUCACUUUGCACUUGGUUGAGGACAUCAACCCCGGGGACGGGUCCCUCAAGCCCGAUGCAGCCCGCGCUCUAGAGCUGGAACAGGCCGGGCUGAAGGUUACGGGGGCAGAUGAGGGGGAGAUGAUUGCGCAGGAAGAGGAACUUGAGUUAGAGCCAGAUGACGAGGGGUUUGCAGAGGAGGAGAGGAUUGGGGGGGAGAUUGGGAAGUUUGAGGGAGAGGUUGAUUAG